AUGGAAGAUAAAAGGAUAGAUAGCGAAGAGGAAGUGAAGACCCCUUCGAAGCCUCCUAGGCUAGAUAAAAUACCUUCACCUGAAGGAUCUAAUGGUAUGACCAAUCCCAUUAACGGUAUAAAUUCUACCACCACAGUUAAUAGUAUCAAUAGUACUACAUCAAUCAAUAGUUCUAGCAACUUACCUAAAGUUUCCAGUGGAUCCAAAUUAGAUAAGAAUAUACUAUCGAAUUUAAACAAAUCUUUGAAAGCCAAACAGAAGAUCAUAACAUCAAAAGAACCAUUACCUAAGAACUCCACUAUAAUUUCAGAAAUCAUCAAUCGAUCUCCAACAUCGACUUCUUUCACCAUUCAACCACCUCCAUCAUCAACUAAUGCUUCUCAUAAUGAACUCGAUAAUAUCCCCAACUUACAAUUAUCAGAAGAGAAGAAGAAACUGAAGAAAGUCUCCAAACAAAACAGUACAAGAACAGAUUUCUUUGCUGCCAAAUUAGCAAGUGCAGUGGAUGAUGUUGAUAGUUCCGAUAGUGAUGAAACUUUUGUUUAUGAAAACAAUAUCAAUGAUUAUGAAGAAGGUACUGAAGAUAGACCUAUACCCGCCAUUAAUGACCAAGAGACUACUAAUGAAACAACAGAAAAUUUAAGUAAAGUAUCGACUAUUGAAGAUAAUGAUAAGGACCAUAAUGAUACCAAUGUUAAUGAUAAUGAUACCGAAGAACCUGAAGAUAAUGACGAAGCCAACACUACCAUAACCGGUGAGAUAAUAGCUGAAGAUAAGCUUCCUGAUAGGAUUGAUAAAUUCGAUAAACCAGAGAAACCUGAAAAAUUAGAGAAAAUCAAUACACCUCCCAAGAUUAAUCUUGAUAUGAAACCUGAUAAACUCAACUUGAAGAAUCCUUUCCCAAUAAAUUCAUCCAAACCAAUCAAUAACACCACCGUUAACAAUAGUAAUCAAUUCUUAGAUGGUUUAAUUAAUAAGAAUUUGAGACCAAAUAAUCAACGAACUUUAUCAACCCAUUCUUUCGAAGGAAAUGUUCAGCAAUCACCUAAUUCUCCUACUCAUUUACAGAACCUGGUUAUAGCGUCACAAUCACAUUCUUCAAGUUCCAAUUUAUUGAAAGAAAAGCCUUCAACUAGUCCUUAUUCAUCGCAUUAUUCAUCUCACAACAGUUCAUUCAAACCUUCUAAUAUCAGUGAUUCAGAAUAUAAUUCCACUGAUGAUGAUUAUAGGAAGGAUGACGUUACUUCUGAUGAUAAUUUGGAUAAGAGUGAUGAUGAAAUUGAAGGUUCUGAUGGUGAGGUUGUUGAUGUAGAUGAUGUACUGUCACACGAUUCUUAUAAUUCGACUAAACAUACAUCCAAUUCUACCAUGCCCCAAAGGAAACCUAAAAAUCUUUUGUUGUCGGACAAGAAUAUCGAUUCCACCAAUUCGAUCACUUCAAAAUCAACCAAGAAGAAGUCCGUUACCUCAUCAUCAAAAUUAAGAUCAACUACUUCAAAAUUAUUUGACAAGAAAGGAUCCCAGCCUAGAAGAUAUAGUAUUAUUCCUGAUGAUGUAGAUAUUGAAGAUUUUGAUGAUGAGUUGAUAUAUUAUGAUAAUAACAUAAGAUUUCCUUAUAAUUCAAGUAUUAAUGGAGCAACUCAACCACCUCCAACUCAUCAAAAUAGUUACAAUUACAAUGAAAACUCACCAUUAAUGAACCAACCAAGAAUUCAUCAUUAUAGAUCAUUGAACUUGAACCCACAAAAAAGGUUGAAUAAGAACAAAAGGUAUUUAUCUACUGGUGGUCAAACUAUGAAUUCCCCUAGUAAUAAUAUGAAUUCUGAUAUUUUUCCUUUCCCAUAUCCUGAACAAUCCAAUCAAAGUCAAUAUUAUUAUGGAUUUGAUGAAUAUGAUGAGGAAACGGGGUCGAUUAAUGAACAUCAAUUCGAUAAAAUAUCAAGAAAAGGGUCUACUAGAUUCCACGGUACACCUAAUAAUCUCAGUAAUCAAAACAAUUUCUUCUUACCAAGGAAAAGGUCAUUUGUCAUUGAUUCGAACUUCAAACAAUAUAACUAUAACUAUAUCAAAAGAACUAUUUAUACUUUGAUUAGUAUAUUUGGAAUCUUAACCAUAGGUUUCAUCAUGGGAUUUGUUAUAGCGACAACGAAAGAUUUAUCAAAUCUUAAUAUAAUCGAUAUUCAAAAUACUAUUGUCAGUGAAGAUGAAUUGAUUUUUAAUACUAUAAUUCAAGCUUUGAAUCCUGGUUGGUUUACUAUUGGUAUUGAAGAAGUUGAAUUGGAUAUUUUCGCCAAAUCUGGUUAUUUACCUGAUUUAGAUAGAGGAGACUAUAACUACGAAGAGAAUUCUGUAGAAACAGUUCUUCUAGGCUCAAUUUAUCGUUUGGAAUCACCCAUUUACUUCCAAGGAGGAUUCUUCAAUCGAAAUCUUAUCAGCCAAAUAGCUGAAAUCAAAUUGGUAUCUCCAGGUAAGAAUUUGACCAGUAUUGAUAAUACUACCAAACCUGACAAUUCCGAGAAAUGGCAAACCAUUCUGAAAAAUCCUUUUGAUUUGAUCAUCAGAGGAAUUUUGAAGUACAAUUUGCCUUUGACCAAAAAUACAAAGAGUGUAGUGGUUACAAAGACCAGUUAUAUAGAUCCUAAUACCCUUAGUUUUAAAGAAGUAGUGUAA